UAAACUUUUGAAUGAAGAAUUUAGAGAAACAUAUGCAUAAUUAUUCCUUGAACCCUUCUUCUGUAAUAUUAAAACAACGCUAUCUAGAGGCCUGGAAAGAGAGGCAGCACCAUCUCACACCAACUGUAUCUCUCAGUCCUCUGGCUCUGGGGUUUCAGGGUGUUACUGUUGUGGCUGCUUGGAAAAUAGAUGAUCAUGGAUCGAUCCUCGAGUGGAUUGUACGGGUCAAUGGAUAGAACUGGAUUCAAUGAAGACUCUGUUUCGGUUUUACCGUGUCAGGAUCUUACUAAUGGGGGAGACAAAUUGCAGGAACCAAUUUUAGAUCAAAAUGAUAUAGAUAUUCUACCAAUUUCUCCCCACUCAAGUUGUAAUAAUUUAGCCUCCUGGCCGGAUGUAGAGAAAGAUCCUCACGAGGACUGUGAUUUUGGUGAUGCAGCUCUCAAGUACGUAAGCCAGAUGCUUAUGGAGGAAGACGUAGAAGAGAGGAAUUGCAUGUUUCAAGAGUCUUUGGCGCUUGAAGCCACUGAGAAAUUGUUUUAUGACAUUAUUAGGGAGAAGUAUCUUCCUCCAGAUGAUCACCAGACAGCCCCUUUCAUUGAGGAAAAUUCUGGCAAUUCAGAUCAAAAUGGUAGUAUAGAUUUCAGUACUUAUAGUAGAAAUGCUACUAGUGAUGGUAACUGCGUGGAACUGGGGAGGAAUUUUGAUGUUGGAGAGUAUAAAUCCCCUCAUGUUGCCCCCCAGCCCACUUGUCAGUCUUCUUUCAGUUCUUCAAGCAGUGCCAAAAGGGUUCCUAAUAUAUUUAAUGACAGUGAGUCUGUUUUGCAGUUCAGGAGG